GCAAGCUACUCUUUGGAAAAAGGCAAAAGGGAUUGGGCAAGUGAUAUAUUCAGCGGCAAGGCCUUGUCACAUGAUUUCCAAGUAAAUCAAAACCUACCAAACGAUUGGUCAGAAUAUCGUCUGUCACUUGCAGAUAUGCAUUCCAUCCGAGACCAGUCCCCUUCCUGGCGAGCAACCUGUGAAUUUCCGAAAAAUGGUGUAGACUUCAGAGAUUACCUGCGUGCCUCCCUUGAAGACUUUGACAUCAUGAAAACUCACACAUAUCCAUCGGGCCUUUCGUGCAUGCUCUAUGAAUUCAUAAGCAUUCAAGGCAAACAGUGCAUUGAUUGCACGGCUUUAACAAAUGCUUUCUGGAUGUUUACGCCAGCAAUCAGAAGUUCUCAGAGUAAGUUAUUCCUUUGAUCGCAGACCUAACGCGGGAAUGGAACGCGAACGCAGUUUUGGCGUUUAUUUGUUUGCUAACCCUGCCUUUAGGUGCUCUGCAUCAAGCUAUUCUGCAACUCAGUAUUGGUUUGGGAAGAUAG